ACGGAGUUAUGUUUCCGGAAGCUCACAAAUUAUACGAAAAUCGUACGAUUUGUUUUUAUUUUGUUGGUGUAAACACAUAAAACUAUACUGCUUCACAGUGUAGAUAUGACUGAUAAGAUGGAAACCAACACAUCAAAGAAAAAGGCAAGAACGUUUGACUUUAUGGAAAUGUUCGAGCAGGCAAAACUAACUGCAAUCGAGAGAACCCAGAUUAGCACUGAUGAAGGGGAGGUAACUGUGUCUGACGUACAAGUCGCUAAACCGAAUUCUGACGAUGAGUCGACCAGUGAUUCAAGAUCAAGCGGUUCUGAGACAGAAAAACAGAACAAACAUGAUAAAGUUUCGAAGGUAAAUGAAACCGAAGAAAGCAUUGGUCCACCAUUGCCACCUGGAUUCAAACCACUCGCCACAGAGUCUUCCCAGGAAGAUGAAACGACCAUUGGACCACCCAUCCCACCCACUAUCAAAGACAAAAACAGUACGGAUCCAGAUCCAGAUAUAGACGAUUCUGAGGAGGAGGAUGAUGAUUCUGAGGAUGAGGAUGAGAGUUUAGAAAAGAAGAUUCCAGUCAGCUAUGAAAUUGUUUUAGAACAUGGUGAUAAAAUUGUAUCCGGUCUUGCCCUUGAUCCUUCUGGAGCCAGGUUAGUUUCAGGGGGUUAUGACUAUGACGUGAAGUUCUUUGACUUUUCUGGAAUGGAUGCCUCUCUCCAAGCCUUCAGAAAUGUUAGACCUUGUGAGUGUCAUCAGAUCCGUUCAUUGCAAUACAGCAGUACUGGUGAUAGAAUUUUAGUGGUGGCAGGGAAUGCUCAGGCAAAAGUACUUGAUCGUGAUGGACAUGAGGUUAUGGAAUGUGUGAAAGGAGAUCAGUACAUUGUCGACAUGGCCAGUACAAAAGGGCACACAGCCAUGCUGAACAGCGGUAGCUGGAACCCGAAGAUACGAGAGGAAUUCAUUACCUGCAGUAAUGACUGUACCGUAAGAUUAUGGGACGUAAGUAGUGGGAAAAAACAUAAAAACAUUAUCAAGCCUAAGGGUAAUACGGGAAGGAAAACUGUGCCGACAACAUGCACAUAUAGUCGAGAUGGUCAAUACAUUGCUGCUGCCUGCCAGGAUGGUUCAAUUCAGAUGUGGCACCAAAAUAAACACUCAUUUGUAUAUCCCGCUCUACAGAAUAAAAAAGCUCAUACUGCUGGAACAGAUACAUCAUGUAUUUCUUUCUCUUAUGACGGAAGAACCCUCGCUUCUCGGGGUGGAGAUGACACACUCAAGUUGUGGGACAUCAGAAAAUUUCGAGAUCCGCUCGCUGAGGUGAACAAUCUCACAAAUUCCUUUCCAAUGACAGACUGUGUUUUCAGUCCAGAUGACAAAAUGGUUGCAACCGGAAUCUCUGUUAAAAAGGGUACAGAAAAGGGACGGUUAAUAUUCUUUGAAAGUAACAACUUAAGCAAAGUUAGUGAGAUGGAAAUUUCUGAUUCAAGUAUUGUCCGGACUCUCUGGCAUCCCAAGUUGAAUCAGAUUGUGGUUGGCUGUGCUGAUGGCAAGGUGCAUCUGUUUUAUGAUCCAAAGAUAAGUCAACGAGGAGCCAUGCUCUGUGCUGUGAAACAAAAGAAAAAGUCGAAACAGGUUCAAGUUAUGGCCUCGCAAACCAUAAUAACACCUUACGCUUUACCAAUGUUCCGAGUCUCCAGACCUUCUAACACAAGGAAACAUGAAGAAAGGCUCAGAAAGGAUCCAGUUAAGAGUCACAGACCAGAUCUGCCCAUUUAUGGGCCCGGUACUGGAGGAAGAGUUGGUGCCAAGGGCGCCACUUUGUCACAGUAUGUAGCUCAGACUCUUGCUAAAAGAAAACCAGAUGUGUGGGAGAAUGAUCCCCGUGGUGCUAUUUUGAGACAUGCAGAAGAAGCUGCUAAAAACCCAUACUGGGUAGAUCCAGCUUAUAAAAAAACACAGCCAAAUCCGGUGUUCCAGGAACCAGAAAAAGAAAAAAAAGAUGAUGACUGUGCUCCAGUGUGGAAAAAGAUGAAGAAGACAUAAUUUUAUUGACUGCUUAAUUAGGACAUCAUUAGAUGAAAUUAAAAAAUUGGUGUUUUUUAUGAUGAUGUAACAACUGUUACCAUUUGUUUGGCACCAGUAUUUAUAUGCCAUCCAAAAACAUUUAUAAAAAUUUGUAAAAAACAUUUGAGACAUGUUCUAUUUUUAAAUGAUGAAUGUGUCAAUGUAUAUGAUAUAAUGAUAGCACAGUAAUAAAUUUAUAUUCCAAUCUACAGUGUAGAUAUGAAAAGUUCAAAA